CAACUACUUGUAUCCAUGCAACAUUGCAACUAUACCCAGCGCCGGAUACGCAAGAUAAUUAUGAGUAAUUCUAGUCCUAAUGUUGAGUCACUUUACAAUAAGUCAUUAAAUCAGUUAUGCUAUUCUAUGAACGAAGACAUCCUGUUAAAUGUGAUGAAGUGGUUACCACCAUCAAUCAGUUUGCAAAUCGUAUGGAAGGUCUUACGUGUAAAUGAUGGUAGUGAAAAAUUUAUUUAUAAUCAUAUGCUCCCAGAUAGUGAACUAUCUUCAAUUAAUCGAGGACGUGAAAUUGCUCAAAUGUCAUUACACAAUUCAGGCUAUACAGCACCCGUCUCUUAUAGACAGAUGAGCUCUGAAACACAUGAAGGAUUUGCCACCAUACAACAAACUAAAUUUGUUGAUCAUUUCAAUUUUUCUAAUCAUUUUGAUUUAAAUUUGUUUUCAAAAUUUGUGGAUGUCACCAACUAUCGAAGUGAACUGUUUACUAUUUUCCAGAUUUGUGUACAAAUGAAUGGUUUUCAAUUUCCCAAACAAUUAGCUGAUGAAUGGAUAAAAAUAGAUAUACAAGAUAACAAUGACAAUGUAUAUGUUCAUCAUAUUGAUCAAGGUCUCAAAUUAGGAAUUUUUCUUGGGGAUGCCGGCUGGUUCAGUGAAUGUGCUCUAGUCUUAUCACACACAUAUCAAAUAAUUACUACAAAAUGGGUGUGUCAUGACCAAAAUUUAAAACUUGUCAAAAUUAUUCAAUGCUUAACCAAGUGGUUAUUAGUAGUGUCAAAUUACCAUAAUUUUGAUGAAGCUAAAGUAGUUUUACAACAUAUGCUACAAACUAUUGGUAUCAUCGAAAAAUUAGAAGAAAGAACAUUGUGCAUAGCGUAUGCCUAUGUAGCGGUUUCACAAUAUUACUAUGUAUUAAUGGAAUUUAAUGAGGCUUGGUCAUGGGCAGUGAAAGCUGUCUAUGAACUUCGGGAUAAGAGUGCUGAUAUUUUAAAACUGUUGGUAAUAAGUCAUGCUGUUAGAGUUUGUUCUGUUUUGAACAAACUGAGCACAGCGAGAAAAUUGCUUAAUCAAUUGCACACAUACGAAAAAGAAAUUGAUCAAAACAUUCAUGUUGAUAUGUUAUUGAAUGAAGCAUGCUACUCAUUGAAAGCAGAUUUAGCAAAAGAUAGCAUUAACAGUUACUAUAUCGCAUUAGAUUCUAGAAGAAAUUUAUUUGGUUAUUACAAUUUACACACUGCAAUUGUUUUUGUUGAUUAUGCAUAUGCUCGAUAUGUUUGCGAUUAUUCAACAACUGACUUCAAUGAAGCUAUGCGAAGUAUAUUACAAGGUAUAUUUAUCAUGGAAAAAAUUGGUUUACCAAAUGAUAAUAUGUUAUUAGUAAAUGCUGGACGAAUAAAGGCAUUGAUACUAGAAGAAAAAGCAUUAGACAUAAUGGACAGAGGUAUUGAUAUUUACAUUCAUGAUGGCAUCCGAGAUUUACAAGCAGAUGGAAUAAAGCGAUUGUUGGAAAGAAUGAAGAAGAACAUGUUAAAUGAAGCUGAAGCCCUUCAUUUAAAAGCAUUACAAGUUUCUUUACAAGCAGUUGGAGUGAAAGCCCUGCUUACGGCAAAAUCAUACUGUAAUUUAGGAAGACUUUAUCAAAGCCAGGAAAAAUUUACGCAAUCCGAAAAAAUGCAUUUAAAAGCUAUUGAAAUCAAAGAAUCAAUUUUAGGUAAAGAUAACCCAGAAGUUGCUCUAUCUUUAGGUCACUUAGCUAGUUUGUACACAUAUCAAUUAAAAAAAUAUGAAGAAGCAGAAGUACUUUAUUUGCGUUCAAAAACGAUAUAUGAAACUACCUAUGGUCGACAGUAUACAGGAUUACUGUAUGAUUUCCAAGGAUUGGUAGAAGUUUAUCGAGAACUAAAUAAUACUGAAAAGUAUAAUCAAUAUACUGAAAAUAUAUUAAGGUUUCAUGAAACACGUGAAGCUUGGUUACAUGAGGUGCACACUGCAACUGAUGAAAACUGUACUAAAGAUGACUUAAGUUUAGAAAAGUUUAAAUGCAUACUGAAUGAAUGCGCUUGUGACAAGUAGUAAAUUUAAAUAGAAAAUUAAUUAGAAAACUAAAAUUAAAAAUUGAUAUAUAAAUAUAAUAUUUAUUAAUAUUUAAUUUUGUGUUUAUAAAAGUAAUAUCAAUGAUAUUUUAUUCAGUGUUCAAUUAUACAUUUUUAUCAUGUUAAUAUUGCUUGUGCAUAACUAUUAUUUUUUAAAUGAAUAGUAAUACAAAGUUGUAUUUAUUUGUUUAUGAUAUUAGAUAAUUGUAAAUUUUUAUUUUUUAUUUUUAUUAUUAAUUAUUAUUUGAUAAUCAAAUUAAUAUCUUGUAUAAAUAUGCUUGUGUCAUUACUUAACCUGAGAGAUAACAUUUACCUGAGAUCCUAAUGAGUAAUUUUUAAUAAGGCCCAUGACAAGUAUAUUUAUUGAUUGUACUACCUAUAUUUUUUUAUAUUUAUCCUAUAGUAAUAUUUUUAAAUAUUUAUGUUAGUGUUUGUUUUACAAACAUACAAAUGUUCUAUAUUGUUGAAUUUCAUUGAUGCAUAUAUAUAUUUUUUUUUAAUAACAUUUAUGUAGUUAUUAACAAAUUUAAAAAGUAUAGUAGAAAUAUUUUUAAUUUAGUCAUACUUAGUCAAGUGCAAACUUUAUGCAGUUUCCAAUUGGUUGAACAAAUUAAAGUAAUUCUACAUAUUUUUAAAAAAAAAUGCAGUUUUUAAAGAACAUGUUUAUAAUUUUAAAAAUGAUUUUUUUUUUUACAUUUUAUUUUGUAUAAUUUUAGUAUUAAUAAUUAACUGAGAUAUUUAAUGUUAUUAUUUAAAUAAGUAAGAUUAUAAAUAAGCAAUAAUGCAUAUAUUAUUUGACAGUUAAUUUUGUCAAAAGGACUACACUUGCAUGCUAGUUGCAUACUUGCAUAGUAUAAUUUAUAUUAUUAUUUAUGGAUAAGAAUUAUUUAUGUACUCACUACCUAAGAUAUUUUUAGAAAAAAUGUGUUUUUCUAAUUACAUAAAAAUUAAUUUAAAACAGUGGUUCUUAACCUUUUUUGGUUCAGUGCCCCUUUAUCGUAAUAACUAACUGCUAACGCCUUCCUUGUGCAAAAUAAAAUUUUCUUCCUAUAAAUAUAUACAUAUAUUUAUUUAUUUAUUUAUUCAUUCAUCAGUAUACUAAAUUAAAGUAAAACUCUUAUUUUAAGAAGAUAGUAAUGAUUAUAUUUUACUCCACUAAACAAAAUAAUUUUACUUUACUAUACAAAAAUAUUAUUAUAAAGUAUUAUUUUUAAUCUCCGAGUUCAAAAAAGCUCACCGCCCCCGCAACACCCCCUUCAAAAUUAUCGCCCCCAGGAGAGACCGAAAUGCCCCCAAGGGGGCAAUACAGUGAAUACCACCCCCGUUAAGAACCACUGAUUUAAAAGUACCUAACUAAUUGUUUGAUUUUUUUUUUUUUAUGAAUUGUAUUUAAAAUAUAUAGUUUAUAAUAAAUUAUUAUAAUAUGCAAUUAUGUUAAAAUGUAAA